AUGCCUCCAGAGCGCAGUGCGCGCAGUGCGAAAGCACCUCCGAAACCGCGGGCCGUAGGGGCGAAGACCAGGGCGGCCAAGGCCAAGGACGAGUCGUUCGCGCUGAUGGAGGCCACGAAGGCGGCCGAGGAGGCGGUGCGCUCUCGUAGCAGAACGCCGGAGAGUGGCCGUCAGGCCGGGGCUCGGAGCAAGUCUCCUGACGCCGCGCAAGGCAAGGAGGAGAGUCCUCGGGGCCAUAAAAGCCCGGCUCGCGACUGGGAAGCCGCCGUCUUUGACUGCACGAUGGUCCAGUACUCCGGUGAGAGUUCACCCGACGACGAGAACGUCUCGGAGGGCAGCACGCACGCCGCCGAAGGCACGGAGCUGGCGGCAGGCGACAUGGCCAACGCCUCGGCCGACGCAAAGGCCUCGUCGGAGAAGGAGGCGGAGGACGCCGAGUCCGGCGCAGGCGACAGCACGCAGUCGCACGACGAAGUCGCCAUGACCGACGCUGGGGUCGUGGCCGAGAAGUCGCCGGGCGACGCGGGCUCCAAGUCCAAGGAGGUGCUGGCAUUCAAGCAUCUGACACUGGCGCAAGGUCGUGAUCGUGCCCAAGCGUCAAAAACGGCUGCCGCUGCGAAGGCCGCCGAGGCCAAGGCGAAGAAGCGCUCAGCUUCCAGGUCGCCUUGCGGCUCCAGCUCCUGGCUGUUCGACGAUUCGGGGUCUGAGGACGAGGAGGGUGCCGUCCACGAGCCCACGGAGCUCUCCAACAACCUCGACGAGCAGCAGCAGCAAUACCACGCUGCUAGCUCGGGCGCGUAUGCCAGGCAGCCGACUGCCACGACUGCCAUCGAGUCUUCUACAGGCGGGGAUUCCACGUACCCGCAGGGCUACUUCCCGCCCGAGCCUGGCACCGGUGCGCCAGCGCUGUUGGAGAAGCUCUCGGCUCCUCGUGGCCUUAUCGGCGGGUACACCUCGAGGGGUUCCUAUGAGCGUGCUCUCGUUGAGAAAGAACCACUCUUUCUUGGCGACGUUGAAGUCGCCCGGUGUGUGCUACUAGCACCACACAAGCUCACACUGAAGGAGUUCGCCACGCUUCGCAAGAAGCCGGAGGACAAGGUCAAGCCGAAUGAGAACAUGACCUCGAACGAUGUGGAAGACCUCUUCUGGCGCUACGUCCAGCGCAAAGGGUAUUCCGACCACGAGUUCAAAGAACUCCAUGAGGAUCACACUCUGUCCGCAAUCCUGGACGUGCGCGAGUUCCGCAUCGAGUUCGCUCAACUCGUGAGCAAGCGCAAGCUCCGUCCGAAGAUGGACGAGCUCAAGCAAGAGGCGAGAGCCAAAGCUCGUUAA